AUGGCGAAAUCGAAGAACUCCUCGCAACAUAACCAGUGGCGCAAGGCGCACCGAAACGGAAUCAAGAAGCCCAAGACUUCGAGAUAUCCGUCUCUGAAGGGUACCGAUCCCAAGUUUCGCCGGAACCACCGGCAUGCUCUCCAUGGGACUGCCAAAGCACUGAAGGAAGCCAAGGAGGGCAAGCGAGCUGCGGUUUGA